GCCAUCUGCUUCACUGGUAGGCGGCAGCUCCGACGAAAAAGAAAGGAAACCAACAUCUAUUUCGGCUGCUCCGUGCGUCGUUGAUUGGAUGCACCAACACACGGGGAGGAACGCCCAGCCCGUCCAAACUCAAACCAGACCACCAAACAAGGCAAAAAUAAAAAACGAGGCGAGGCGGCAGCCGACGACGAGCAGCAGCGGGAAAUGUCGGCGCUGCAGAGCUGGCGCAAGGCGUACGGCGCGCUCAAGGACACCACCACCGUCAGCCUCGCCAGCCUCAACUCCGACUUCAAGGAUCUGGAUGUGGCGAUCGUGAAGGCCACGAACCAUGUGGAGUGCCCGCCCAAGGAUCGCCACCUGCGCAAGAUUGUGGCGGCUUCGUCCAUGGCCAGGCCCCAAGCGGACGUCGCCUACUGCAUCCACGCGCUUGCCCGCCGCCUCGCCAAGACCCGGAGUUGGAUCGUUGCACUGAAGACACUUGUGGUGAUCCAUCGACUCCUCCGGGAUGGUGAACCUACAUUCCGCGAAGAACUUCUUAAUUUUACACAAAGGGUCCAGAUUUUGCAGUUAUCUAACUUCAAGGAUAACUCCAGUCCUAUUGCUUGGGACUAUUCUUCAUGGGUUCGAACAUAUGGUUUAUUUUUGGAGGAAAGACUGCAAUGCUUCAGGAUCUUGAAGUAUGAUAUUGAAGCUGAGCGUUUGCCCAAGCAAGGUCAAGGGACUGAAAAGGCACACAGUCAAACCAGAGAAUUAGAUUCUCAGGCCUUGCUGGAGCAGAUGCCGGCACUUCAGCAGUUACUAUAUCGACUUAUUGGAUGCCGGCCAGAAGGAGCUGCUAAUACCAAUUAUUUGGUGCAAUAUGCUCUAGCCCUUGUCCUUAAAGAAAGCUUCAAAAUUUAUUGCGCAAUAAACGAUGGAAUUAUCAACCUUGUUGAUAAGUUUUUUGAGAUGCCAAGGCAUGAUGCACUUAAAGCCCUUGAAAUAUACAGGAGGGCUGGCCAACAGGCUGGAAACCUAUCUGAUUUCUACGAAAAUUGCCGCGGAUUAGAACUCGCAAGAAAUUUCCAGUUUCCCACUUUGAGGGAGCCACCACAGACAUUCCUUUCAACCAUGGAAGAGUACGUGAAGGAGGCUCCACGUAUGGUUCCAAUUAAAGACCCCUUGGAGUUUCCUGAGAGGCUUCUUCUUACAUACAAACCAGAAGAAUCAGAAGAAGUUCCUGAGCCUGUCCCUGUUCAGGAGGAAGUUCCGCAAAUGGAAGAACCUGCUCCAGUACCAUCUUUAACUGAAGUAGCUUCAUCUCCUCCCAACACCAGAGUUGCAGAUACUGGUGAUUUACUGGGAUUAAGUGAUCCAAACCCCAGUGUAUCGGCAAUAGAGGAAAGCAAUGCUUUGGCCUUGGCUAUUACUCCGACAGGUGUUAAUACUUCAACAACUAGCACAGCCUCAGUGCAAGAUAUAGGAUUUGACCCAACGGGAUGGGAACUUGCUCUUGUCACUACCUCGAGUAGCAACACCAAUUCACUGGCUGUUGAUAGUACUUUGGGCGGUGGAUUCGACAAGCUCACGUUGGACAGCUUGUACGACGAUGGAACCUACAGGCAGAUGCAGCAACAGUUGCCAUACGGUUCAGUACCUCACAAUCCCUUCAUGGCGAGCGACCCUUUCACGGUGUCUAAUCAAGUAGCUUCUCCGCCAUCGGUUCAAAUGGCCGCCAUGGGACAGCAGCCCCAGCAGAUGCAACCAAAUCCCUUCGGACCACCGUCGCACCCACAGCCUGUGCCAAACCCAUUCCUCGAUGCCGGCUUCGGCCCUUUCCCGGCAGCAAAUGGAAAUGGAAUGCACGCACAAGCCAACCCGUUUGGAACCGCCCAACUUCUAUAGCUUCACACCAUACAGUCACAGUUACAUACACGUUGCGCAAUGCCAACCCAAAUUCCAGAGUUACAUACUGCGUGUUGAGAAGUUCAAUCUCCUUGCGUCACGAAUGUCAAUGCCAGCUUUGUCCUGCCAUCUCUCGGGCGUUGGCUGCUUGAUCAAUUCUUGUAUAGCCCGUGCUUAUUAAAUUUUGGUGUAUAUUUUUUCACCGCUUUGACGGUUAUGGAAGACCCUCCUUGCGAAGAAUUUCGUUAUUGCUGAUGCAGCAUCACAUGCCAA